AUGUUAAAAAUUAAAACAAAAGAAUUUGGCAAGAUAUUAAAAGUAAACAAUUUAAUAAACACAGAUUUAAUAAUACAAUCAGUAGACUUAAACCUUGAUAUACCUAAAUCACAAAAAGUAUUUGAUAAUGAUGAGUUAAUAAAGUUAAUAAAAACAUCCAACACAGAUAUAAUGAUUUACACAAUAUCAUCCUUUACAGUAGACAAUGAAUUAUACUCAGCUAUGAAAACACUAAACUUAAAAGGCUAUAACAUUUAUCUUUAUAUUUUAGAAGAUAACAAUCCAUGGUUUUUAGAUUAA